GUAAUAUUCUUGGUAGUGACCGUGGGAAAAGUUUGCCAAAGGGUCUGCUGGAAACGAAAAUACACCUAAGCAUUGACAUGCUACAGUAAUAAUUCCACUACACACAAGUGUAUCAAUGCAGCAGGUAUCCCGUCAUCCAAAAUAGCACAUACACAUAGACACUCAGGGAGCCGCAAACAAUAAACAACUUUCCUGCUGUUGUGUAAAAUUCCUUCAUUGGUCGAUUUUUUUCAGGAUGGCCAAUGAGGAGGCGCGGCACAAGGCGUGUGGGCGGCCGCGGACCAAUGGCAGGGGGGCUGAGUGGGUGGUGAGUCUGUGUACAGUGACGGGCUGUGGCGGACUGGGCGCUGAUCAAGCCUUUUGCACGGCAGGGAAUAUGUGUGUUCACGUCUCCAGCAGGCGGAGAUGGUUCCUGGCAGCAUGGAGAUAGUUCACGAAGGAAUGCUGAAGAAGGCGCCGCCCCCGAAGCGCUUAUGGCGGGCGAAAUGGAGGAUGCGAUGGUUUGUUCUGCGGUCCGGGGAGCUUCCAGGCCAGUACUUCCUGGAAUAUUACACAGACCAGACACGACGCAAAUUGAAAGGCAAGAUAGACCUGGACCAGUGUGAUCAGGUUGAUGCAGGCAUAGCAUUUUCCAAUCCCAAGUUGGAGUAUAAAUACAUGUUUGACAUCAAGACUCCCAAGCGAGUGUAUUUCCUAUGUGCUGAGACUGAGCAGGAGAUGAACCGAUGGGUGGACUGUGUAUGUCAUGUAUGUGGGCUCAAGAUAUACUCUCAAGAAGAUGAAUAUCCCCCAUUGCCUCUUGAUCACAUUUCUCCAACACCAUCUGCCACCCCUCCCACUCCCCUACACUCCCUACCCCAUGAUCCUGAAUUGGACUCCCCUUCUCUUUCACCCUCUUCACCUGGCUCGUCUAUUUCUGGGCCAUAUAUUCCCAUCAGCACCUGCUUCACUGGGAAGAGAACUCCCAAUACUAGUUCUAGUUUUCCUUUUGGUGAUGACAUACCACCAAUUCGAGGUUCAGAAAACCAUCGAUCGAGUAUUCCCAAUGAAAUGGCACCACCAAUACCUGUGAUAUGUCCCGACUCCCAGCCACCACUCAUGCAGGCACCCUCACCUCCUGCUGUCAACACUGGAGCAAUUCCCAGGGAGACCUAUGAUGGCCACAGACAAAUGAGACCUGGCACAUCAGAGGAUACUCUCAGUGUUAAGUCACCUCUGGGGACAGAUGGAAGUAGUGUAUUUAGUGAAGAUGAGUUGCCAUCUCAUUCAAAUAAGAUAGAAACUAAGUUUUUCGGUGAGGGAAGUAGAAUAGUUACUGGGAAUACGUAUGCAAAGGAAGGACACCAGGAAACUCCUGCUGGAGGAGUAGGAGCUCUAGUAAGUGAUCUACAUGGCAUUGGCCUGUCAGAUGAUGACCACCAGAAGGCAGCACCACCCAGACCACCCAAACCUGCACACCUAGCAGAAAUUCCUCACCAGACAUACCAGAACUUGGAAACUGUGUCAAGGACUGCCUUAGUGAGGAGAAAUAGUUCAAAUGAAAAGAUGAAAAAUGGACUUGGAUGCUCUCUUACAGUUAGUGAUGUUAAUAUUGUAGCUUCUGGCCCAGAACCUUCACCAGCCUCUGUGAACAGUUCCUUGCCUCCUUCUUCGCCUAGAGAGAUUAGUGAGGACCCUCACGGAGUGGUAAUUAGGUCGCAGCAAUUCUCAGAAGCAGCAAGUCCCAAGUCAGCCGACAGACCCAAACAGAGGUACUGUUUCAACAAUGCAGUUCUGACACCCAAACAGAGCCAGGUAUUCUCGUAUGACCUGCGACACCAUGAUAAAUCGGGAGACCAUGAGCCAAUAGACCCAAGAAUAUCCCCUGCUGGAGCAUAUUCCAAUAUUAGUCAGACGAACAGAAGUCCUCCAGCUGUUGACCGAGGACUUAAGCCUAGGAAGACUUCAGAGGGGAGCAACUUGGGCUCCUCGGAUCUGUCUCCACCUCCCUCUGGUGGCGGGAUAUCAGAUCUACUGGGAGCUGUUGGAGGUUCACCAGCAUUGCCUUCAUCUGCACCUCCAGUAGUAGACAGGAACCUGAAGCCUGUCAAGAUCCCUCCAGAACCCUUAACCAGAGCGUUUGAGUUGGACCCGCCCCCGACACGAAGCACGAAACACAAGUCCCGGGCAGCACCUUCGCCCACUCCCCCCUUCAUGCAUAAUGGACGAGGCAAUGCAGACAGUGGCGAAGAGAACGACCUUGUGUCCAGCCCUGACAGCCGGCGGAAUUCUUCAAAUGCAGAAGAGCAGGUAUGUUAUUUGAAGUACCUUGAUCUGGACCAUGCCACAAGAAACCCACAAACUCCAAAACCAAACAAAAUCAUUGUGGCUCCACCUCCUUCUGUUGAUUAUCGAGAAGUUGACUUUUUCAAGACUUAUGCAUUCAAUAAGUGCAAAGAAAACGUUGAAGAUACCUACCGCAAGAACCAGUGAUGUUUGGCCUUUUAUGUCUUAAAAUUGGUUUUUGCAGUGUAUAGACAACUUGAAAAGCAGAGGAGAUUUGUUGUUAGAACUUUGAAUCUGUUUUCGAUGUUGGAACUUUGAACAUGGAAAUUAUCGUGCAUCAAAAUGGCACAAUAUGUGAGAUCCUCAUCCAGAUUGUAAUGUUUUAUACAAAAUAUGUUACAAGGCUUAUGCAUUUGAAUAGUAAUGGUUUUGAGAAGAAGAGUGGUGGUAGUGACAGAAGGGAGGUGGUGAGGUCAGGUCAGGUCACAUGGAUGGGUGGCAGUUUGUCAUGAGUGCACUGCAUUCCAAUGUUGUGAGUUUACUGGGAAGUGAGUGUAUUUUUCAAGCAUGAGGAAAGUUUUGUACUUCUUGCUCAGUUAUCACUGAGGACCAAAUGUAUGUAAUAAGCAGAUUAUUGUUAAUCCUUGUAAGUUAAUGCUUAGUUUUUAUACUUAUGUUUAUGGGUUUUAGUAAAUCAUACUUUAUAACACUGUAUGUCAUGAAAACACUUUCUUGAGAUGAACUGUCACUUUUCACAAACUUCAUGAAUAGUAUUAUUGUAUGAUUUAGUUUAUAGAAAACUGUUAGAGAAUGGAUUAGGUUCAUUGUCUUUCAGUGUGUCUUGACUUCUCAAAUUAGCUACAUUUGAACACUUUCAUAUCAGAAAAAUCCAAUUGCAUCAUUCUUCUAAGUACAUACUAGUGUUUUUGGCUACAGAGCUUUUCCAAGUAGAAAUUCUUUAAAGGUCAGCUGUCACACAAGAAUGGUUCAUCAAGGCAUUAUUUGUCAAACCAUAAGUAUCUGCCAUCCAGUUUGUCACUGUAGAAUUUCAAGCUUCUCUUCUUGGUUCCAUUGGAACUGGAGGAGAUGCUCCUGGUAAAGCUGAACCUCGUCAUAACACUUGAUGAUUAUGAUGCUGAAUUAUUCAUUAUUAAAGUAGUGAAUGCAAGAAGUCAAGAUGUCCUUAACAUAUUCAUUGUUUCAUCCUUUUCCUACUUUAUUUUCAUGCCAUUUUAUCCUGCAGAUGUGUUGUGCCAUCUUGCACUCGGCUAUACACAGUCCUGAUUAUUGUAAAGCUAUAACAGGCUUUUAGGGAAUUGGUUACUUGCUUGUAAUUUCCAUUGAUCAUUCAUAUUUUGUUACUGCAUGGAUCUGAUUUUCUUUUGUUGAUUAUAGUGAGGAAGUCAGACUGUCUACACUGAUCCAUUCAGACCAGUUAGUUUUGAUUAUUAGAACCAUUUUCACUCCUCAUUUGGAGAUCUAAAUUUAUAGAAUGAUUUCCAUUCCCCUUAUCUUGUUCUUUAUGUUACCUUCUGGAUAAACAAUGAAGAGGCAGAUACACACAAAGAAAAGUAGUAAAUAUCAAUUGACACAAUUCACAUAGAAGUUAUUUUUCUAGGUGUGUUUCACUUUUGCACAAGGUCCUCAUGUGAUACGUAAGAUACCGUGAUUCCACCUGUUUGGUGAGAAUAUAGUCAGUAAUUCGUCACGCUCAAAACUUCAGUAGAGUGUCUGCCAACACACUACUGUAGGUUGUAGGAUUGUGCAGAAAAAAAAAAGAAAAAGUGAUCUAAUAAGUGAUUGUCGUUUCAUACUUGUUAAGGCAGUGUGUCACUCAGAUAGUGGUUGGUAUACAUGCUAUGUAUCUAGCUAGCAGACAUUAUAUGAGCUGAUUCCCAAAAUAAUCAUUAGCUAAGUAGUUUGCAUUAGUAUGUGUAAAAAGCAUCAGGCAAGUGUAUGUUCUGAAUAUCUGCCUGCCAUGCUAGGGUGGCAGUCCCACAUGAGGUGGCCCAGACAAAGACAAAGCACCACAUACUUUAUUCACACUAUUAGGCCCGGUGGCCCUGGCGAAGAAGCAUAGUCUCGUGGGCCACCCUGCUACUCUUGGUUUAAUCUAUGAACAUCUUAAUGUUGCCUCAGUCAAGUCCAUUAUUACCAAUUUCAAUGAAUAGUUCACCCACUUCACUUGUAAGUUUAUAUGUUCGUGUUAUUCUGCAGAAUUCUGAUUAAAUUUAUUUAGUAAUUCUUUUUGUUAUCUAAUAUUUGGUGACUUCAUGUUGUAUAAGUGUUUUGUAAUAUUAGUUUGCAUGUUUUAUAUAUGUACAUGAUUUAAAAAAUAUAUAUAUAUGAAUAUA